AUGGCUGUUAAAACACUGAAAAAUCCGUAUCGCUUACAGACAUUGACAUUCAAAGUUUCCUUGAAGCGAAAGAACUACCAAGAUACGGAAAGAAAACCCGAAAGCUAUUGGUUGAGAAAGGCGAUGAUGAUUUCGAUCAGUCACCUACGACGAACUAUUGCUUUGAGCUUGCUGAUUUUUUUCAUCAGUGAAACAACGGGAUAUCCCUCGGGAAUUGAAAUUAUAAAUGCAUCAUUUUGUGGAAAGUAUGAUAAGCCUCCAACGUUUAAAAUUUCUCAUUGGCCUUUCAUUCCCACUGGUGUUCUUGUCAAUUUUAGUGUAACAUUUACACCAGUGGUGGAUGUUCUUGAAGCGAUAGUGCAAUACGAGUUGGUCUCAGACGGCAAAGUUAUCGUCAGGGACAGGGACGACGGUGUUUGCAUUUCUUCCCCAGAUCUGUGCAGCUUACCUGCUGGUGAAACCAAAGUGUGGGUUAGAUCUGAAAAAUUUCCGUCCAUCCCUCCAUUUUUCAAGUUGUUGGGAAGGUACGCUAGAAGACGAACACGAGUUAAGACUCAAGAGAAAGACGAGAAGCAUGAGGGAAAGUAA